AUGUUGUUAUUCUUGUCACUGGCUCGAACAGUCGAUGGACUUCUUUGGCAACUACACGUUAGCCUUUCGAACCUAGGUUCUAUUCAGCAAACUACUUUGGUGAAAUUUGCCAGCAAUGGCGACGCCAUUCUCAGCUGCUGUGAAGCAGAACGGACUGCCUGCUCGGGCUGUGCGCAAGUUGCUGGAUCCAAUUGCAUCCACUGUGCUGGUGGAUUUCGGAAAGGUCCUCAUGGGUGCAUUGCAUGUCGGGACAUCCCCGGUUUCAUGGAUCCUUCUGGCCACUCUUGCGCAGACUACGUGGCCCACGGGAUCUGCCAGGAUGGCAGCAAAAGUCUGUCUGAUUUCAGCGCCAAGAUUGACGCCCGUGUCGCCAUGGCAGAGUACAAAUACAACGGACUUAGCGCCGUGGAGGCUUGCUGCGCUUGCGGCGGCGGUCUACAAACCAGCACUCCCUUCACAUACUCUGCAAACCUCCAAUCCUUUGUUCUGGGCGCGCCGAUGAAGGACCAGCCCCAUCCGCGCACGGCUUCCAGCUACCGGGUGGCUGGUGUGCUGGAAGGCUCCGGAUGCGAUUUACACUCGAUCGGUUUGCGCUUCAAUGCCGAGACGGGCGAAAUCUCCGGCACUCCCACUGCAGAGGAACCCAUGGAGGUGGACUGUGUCAUCCAAGCGGUGCAGGAUGAGUCGAAAGGCUUGAUUGAAAACAGCAGUGUGAAGAUUAGUUUGCAGCACUUCAGCUAUGCGGGGAAAAUCCUUUCUUUUCCAACGGAGAGCCCCUACCUACCGCGCACAUCCAACGGUACCUACAGCAAUUGGCGUGUGGCAUGUACACCACACACCCCGUGGCUGACGAUCGAUCAGCACACAGGAGCUCUUACAUCAUCAAGCAUUGGAGCAUCCCGGCCAAGACCAGACAAACACCUUGGAGUCGCUUCUCUCCUCUUGCCCAGGUACCCGAUGCUUCUGUUUGCAGUGUCUCGGUGUACAACGGGACGGCAGACCUGA